AUGGGUAGCGAAAAUAUUUCAGAGUUUUACGCUUCUGUGUGCUCAGAACAUGAGAUAAAAAUAAAUCCACACGUUGAACAAGUAUUAAAGGAAACGACGGAAACAGAAAAUGUCACCUUAAAACUGUCAGGAAACUGCAGAGAGAAAUGUCAGCGACUCGAUGACGAAGACAUCCUCGCUCUCUCCAAAUGUCUGAAAAACAGCAAGAGUGUGACAGGUCUUGAUUUAAGGUACAACAGUAUAACAGAUGAAGGAGUUGGACACCUUGCUGAGCUCUUACAGGAGGAUAGUUUAGCUCUCCGCUCUCUGGACUUGACGUUCAACGACAUCCAGAAAAAAGGAGCUGAAGUUCUUGCCAAGAGCCUGGAGUGUAACAGCACCUUGCUCUGUCUCAGAUUGUCGGGUAAUAAAAUCGAAAGCAGAGGAUCCAUGCAGCUGGCGAGCAGUCUGCAGGUGAACAACACCCUGCAGGAGCUGCAGCUGGCUGACUGCGACCUAGACACUCAGAGUGUGAUAGCAUUUUCCAUCGUGUUGAAAAGCAACAGGACUCUUCUCUCUCUGGAUAUCAGCAGACCACUGCUCUUCAGCCUCCAGGAGGAGUGGGCAGUACACUUCUCUGAGAUGCUGGCUCUCAACAGCACCCUGAUGGAGCUCCACCUGGGGAAGAUGGGGCUGAGCGACACCGGGAUGGAGAGGCUGACUGAAGGCCUGCGACGAAACACCGGGCUACGCUACCUGGAUCUGCGCUGUAACCGUGUGACUCGUGAUGGCGUGCGUUUCCUCGCCAACCUUCUGAAGCAGAACCCAAGCCUAGAGGUCAUAGACCUGUCAUCCAAUCGGAUUGAAGAUGUAGGAGCGAUGUACCUCAGUGAGGCCAUCGCCCUGCCAGGCUGCAGCCUCAGAGAGCUGUCUGUCUGCAGUAACAACAUCGGGACAAAGGGUCUCCUGUCUCUGGCUCACUCCCUGGCCAUCAGCACAACUGUGAGCCACCUUUACAUCUGGGGAAACCUCCUGGAGGAGCCCGUCUGUCAGGCGUACCAAGAGCUGAUCUCCAGCGGCCGCCUGCCUGCGAAUCAGACGGAUGUUAGCGCUUACGAGGUGGACGGCCGGGUGUUUCUGGCAGAGGUCUUCCAGUGUUUGAGGAAACACUAUUACAGAACAAACUGCUCCGAAACAGACGUAUCCGCCCUCUCCAACACUGCAGCAGAACCACUUAAAAAGAAAGCCUCCAGCCUCCACUCCAACUUUCCUCCACACACUAUUGAGCAACGUGUUCCACUGCAGUCCAGCAUUUAACCUAAAACCCCCUCACCCACACCAGCAUCCCAACAGACUUAAAA